CUGGCAGCUUGUGGAAUGGACGCAGCGAUUAGGGGUCCUUGUGAGAGACCUGGAGAAGAUGAAGAGCAGGACAAAGAGCGGGUGUCGGGCGCUGGGCAUGUGGCAGGGCUCAGGGAGGCCGAGGAGAGCCCAGAUUCGGACUCCGACCUGGAGACAGCAGGCACCCCUGGGAGUGGAGAACUCGCCAGAGACACCCUCUACCUGAGGUCUUGCCGGGCCCAUGGCGUUGUGCCUGCUUCUUGCUUUCUGCGCCAAGGGAGCACCCCAGAGCUGAACCUGCGGCACCGUGGCCUGGGGCCCCAGGGGGCCCGCGCCCUGGCUCCCACAUUGGCCUCCAUCCCUUACGUCAAGCGUCUGGAUCUUCGGGACAAUGGACUCCGUGGGGCCGGUGCAAAGGCCUUGGCAGGUGCCUUGAGCAAAACCAGUAGCAUCUGCGAUGUGGACCUGUCUGAGAACCAGCUGGGAGCAGCAGGGGCCCAGGCUCUCUGUGCCGGCCUCUCAGGGAACCAGAGUGUGCAGAAGCUGUGGCUGGCAGGAAACGGACUGGAGGAGCAGGCGGCCCAGUAUCUUGCUGAGCUCCUGCUGGCCCACACAGGCCUGAAGUUUUUAGACCUCAGCUAUAACCAACUGAAUGAGCAAGCAGGGGAGACCCUUGCACCAGCCCUGGCAGAAAACACAGGACUCACCGAGCUUCACCUAAGCUGGAACCACCUCCGAGGCCCGGGAGCCGUAGCGUUUGCCAGGGGACUGGAGGCAAACAUCUUCCUGAAAGUUCUGGACAUCUCACAUAAUGGCUUUGGGGACCCUGGAGCCUCUGCAGUGGGUGAGGCCCUCAAGACCAACAAUGUGCUGGAGGAACUCAACAUGAGCAACAAUCGCAUCUCUGCAGCCGGAGCCCAGAGCCUGGGCCUGGGCCUCCGGGUCAACCAGACCCUAAGGAUUCUUGUCGUGACCAGGAACCCUGUGCGAAGCGAAGGCUGCUUCAGUCUUCUCCAGGCUGUCCAGGACAAUCCUGCGUCUGCCCUUGAACUGCUGGAUGUCUCUGAUGUCCAGGUGAACAGAGAGUUUGACGACCUCGCUGGCUCGCUGCAGGUCACCCUUCCAGGGCUUCGCAUCAAGACUGGUGCUCGCCGAGCGGAGCCUAAGAAUGAAUCGCCACCCAGCCUCAGACCGUCCCUAUCAGCGUCCGUCCCCUAA